AUGGAUCCUCACGAUGCGCAAGAAUAUGUCACCACUAUAGCGAGUACAGCGGCCGAACAGUUCCAGAAGAUCCCCGGGUCGGCCAUCUUCCUCCGUUAUGUGCAAUCGAGUUACCAGAACGACCCUAUCCGGUCCGCGGUGGAACUUUUUCUAGUUUUGUUUGCGAUCCGGUAUCUACUGGCGCCUAAAUACUCGACGAAGCAAAACUACGUGAAAUUGUCUGAGGAGGAGAUUGAUGAUCUGGUGGACGAAUGGACUCCGGAACCGCUGGUCGCAAAGACCACAGCGUUUGAAGAAGCAGAAUUAGAAAAGCGGCCUGUCAUUGUAGGACCGAGUGGCCCUCGCUCCAAACUUGCCAACGGCCGAACCGUCAUGAACCUCGCCUCGUACAAUUUUUACAACUUCAUCUCCAACGAGACACUGAAAGAGCGGGCCAUCCAGACACUGCGGACAUAUGGAGUCGGCCCCUGUGGCCCGCCGGGGUUUUACGGCACGCAGGACGUGCACAUGAAGAUUGAGGCGGACAUUGCAGCUUUCCUGGGCACCACUGCCUGCAUCAUAUACGCGCAGGCAUUCUCGACCAUCUCGUCGGUGAUCCCGGCGUUUUCGAAGCGAGGCGAUAUCAUCGUGGCGGACAAAGCCGUCAAUUAUGCGAUCCGAAAGGGCAUUCAGAUCUCGAGGAGUGCGGUGCGCUGGUACGAGCAUAACGACAUGGAAGAUCUGCAGAGGGUGCUCGCCCGAGUGACCAAAGAGCAGGCCAAGAAGCCGCUUACGAGGCGGUUUAUUAUUACCGAGGGGUUAUUUGAGAACACGGGCGACAUGGUCGAUCUACCUAAGAUUAUCGAGCUCAAGCUCAAGUACAAGUUCCGCCUGAUUCUGGAUGAGACGUGGUCAUUCGGCGUGCUAGGACGAACGGGACGCGGCGUCACCGAACACCAGCACGUCGAUGCGGCCGAGGUGGACAUGAUUGUCGGGGCCAUGGCCGGACCUCUCGCCGCCGCUGGGGGCUUCUGUGCUGGCUCAGACGAAGUGGUGGAACAUCAGCGCCUCUCAGCGGCAUCCUACACCUUCUCUGCCGCACUGCCCGCCAUCUCGGCCGUGACGGCCAGCGAGACGCUCAUGAUGUUGCAGACGCAGCCGGAUCUGUUCAUCCAGCUGAAGGAGAACAUCAAGGCCAUGUGGCAACAGAUCGACCCGCGGAGCGACUGGGUGUCCUGCACGAGCGCCCCCGAGAAUCCGAUCAUGCUGCUUGUGCUGAAACCCGAAGUUAUCUCGUCAAGGAGGCUGAGCAUCGAGGACCAGCAACAGUUGUUGCAGGACGUCGUGGACGAGUGUCUGUCGCAAAACGUCCUGGUCACACGGGUCAAGACGCUCCCCGCGGGCCCCUCGGGCGCCAAAACGGACAUCUACACGCCCUCGCCGGCCCUGAAAGUGUGUCUUACGAUCGGCCUUACGAAGAAAGAGAUUGAGAAGGCGGGCGUGACUAUCCGGCACGCCAUCACGAAGAUCAUGACGAGAAAGCGGUGA